AUGCUGCCUUCCUCCCGGACCCAGCUGGGGCUCUUCUUCAUCCUCCUCUGCCCCGCGAACAUCAUCGGGCUCUGGUGGGCAGUGGGGAGCCCCCUGGUCAUGGACCCCAACAGCAUCUGCCGCAAGACGAAGCGGCUGGCGGGCAAGCAGGCAGAGCUGUGCCAGCUGGAGCCAGAGAUUGUGCAGGAGGUGGCCAAGGGCACCAAGCUGGGCGUCCGGGAGUGCCAGUACCAAUUCCGCUUCCGCCGCUGGAACUGCACCAGCCACAGCAAGUACUUCGGCAAGAUCCUGCAGCAGGAUAUCCGUGAGACAGCCUUCGUGUACGCCAUCACGGCGGCGGGGGUGAGCCACGCCAUCACGCAGGCCUGCAGCAUGGGCGAGCUGCUGCAGUGUGGCUGCGAGCUGACACGGAGCCGGGCCCCCCCCUCGCCCACGGCGGGGCCAGGCACCGAGGGCACCGCCUGGGAGUGGGGGGGCUGUGGGGACGACGUGCAGUUUGGCUACGAGAAAUCCCAGCAGUUCAUGGAUGCCAAGAACAAGAAAGGCAAAAAUGACAUCCGAGCUCUUAUCGACCUGCACAACAAUGAAGCCGGGCGCUUGGCGGUGCGCAGCUACAUGAGGACAGAGUGCAAAUGCCACGGGCUGUCGGGCUCCUGCACCCUGCGCACCUGCUGGAGGAAGAUGCCCCAUUUCCGAGAGGUGGGGGACCGCCUGCUCGAGCGCUUCAACGGGGCUUUCAAGGUGAUGGGAGGCAACGACGGGAAAACCCUCAUCCCUGUGGGUGACAACAUCAAACCUCCCGAUAAACAGGACCUCAUCUACUCGGCCGACUCACCCGAUUUCUGCUCGGCGAACCGCAAGACAGGCUCGCUGGGCACCAGGGGCCGUGUGUGCAACAGCACAGCCAUGGACACGAGCGGGUGCGACCUGCUGUGCUGCGGGAGGGGGCACCGGGACGAGACGGUGGUGCUGGAGGAGAACUGCCUGUGCCGCUUCCACUGGUGCUGCGUGGUGCAGUGCCGCAAGUGCUCCGUCCGCCAGGAGCUCAGCCUCUGCAUCUGACAGCCUGGGGUCAGGCGAGGACAAUUCGGGAGGCC